UAAUCUUGAUGAUGUGUUACAACCGGUCCAUGAAGAAGCUAUGAUUUCGUUAUGGCCAAGCAAUGAGUUUGUGGACUGUGGAGUCUUCCCAGGGCAAUGAUGAGAAGUUGGACUCGAUUGUGCCUCACAUGAUACCUGGGCAUUCAUUCAAUCACCUGCAGGGCAGUAGCCAUUCCCCACCCCCACGGUAGGCAACUCUGGUCAUGGAUUUUGUCAAACGGCGAAGGAUAGCUUCCUAUACUUGCAAAGAGGAGGAUCAGGAAGAGGAAGGGGAAGAGGAAGAGGAGGGCUUGGACGCGAAGAGGAGGGAUUGGUUGUCCCUGACGGAGCCCCUGCUGCGGGCGGUGCUGCGGCGCCUCGACAGCCUCGAGGAUUUCUUCGCCUUCCGGGGCGUCUGCCGCAGCUGGCGAGAGCUCGCCGCCCCGACCCCGGACGCCCUCUCCGCCCAGCUCCCGCUCAUCCUCUUGACCCGCUUCCCUGCAUACACCGAGGCCUUCUACGACCUCGACCGCCGCCGCCUCUACCGUGCCCAGCUCCCAUGGCGCGUCCACUCUCGCCGAUCCGUCGCCUACGCCCACGGCCACCUCAUCACCGCCACCGAUCCCCCCAACUCCAAGCUUCUACUCUGGAACAUCUUCUCGGAGUCUCGCAUCCGCCUUCCCAAGGUUCCCGAGCCCUUCCGCCGCGUCCGCCUCUCCUCGCACCCGUCCGACCCCGCCCUCGACUGCAUCGUUGUCCUCUUCGCCAAGAGGAGCACCGUGCUGCAGUAUUGCCGCGUCGGGGACUCCCUCUGGACCAUCCGCGACUGGAGUAUGCUGCGGAUGGUUGACGACAUGAUCUUCUUCCGGGAUAACAGGCUCUACGCUCUGACCGCCACGAUGCAGCUCGUCGUCGUGGACCUCGCCGCCGAUCCAAAACUCUGGCUACUGGGCGACGGUGGCGGUAGAGCAGCGGAAGGGCAUCGGGAACGUUGGCUUGCCGAGUCAGGUGGGGAGUUGAUGGUUCUCUGCCACAGGUUCAGGGGUGGGUUCGAUGUUUGCCGCUGGGACUCGGGAAGUUGUAGCUGGGUAGAGGUGCUUGACUUGGGCGGAAGGACAGUAUUCCUUGGGUCAAUGGGGUUUGCCGGGUCGAUUGCCGCCGCUGGAUCGGGGAUAAGAGAGAACUGCAUUUAUUAUGUAAGCUCCCGGAAAGAUGCGUGGUAUGUGUUCUCGUUGGAAGAGCAAUCCGUCGAGGUUGUCUACCCUGAUUCACCUGGUUUGCUCAGGGGCCAGUCUCCACUGGACCCUGUAUGGCCUUCUAAGAAUCUUGGCCCAACGUCACAAGUUUACGGGCAGUAAUCCAGCCUUGUAGUGGAACUCAAUUAUAUUCCAGUUCCACUUCAGUGGUUCCCAGUGAUCAUAUAUGCCAACCAAGGAUCUUCGAUUGGAUGCACUGCAAGAUGCAACUCAGCAUCAGGUUCUCCCAGUUUUCUGAAAAGAAACGUCGAGUAUGUGGUGUGAUCCUCUUUUAGCUUGUCAUGGAUUUACAUUCUGACCUCCAGAUGUGUUCAGUGGAGAUGGCGAAGAACAUUGAAAUGUGAUCUUCGAGGGUGUGAUGCCGAAGGAAACACAACUAUUACGUGACAUUCUCCGUGGCAUUGUCACCAUUGGCACAUUGGACAACAGGGCUGCUUUCUUUCUCAAUCCUUCUCCACCCAGGAAGAUGAAUUCCUCCGAUGGUCAGAGGAAGAAGUUGUAGAGGCAGAGACAAAAGAAGAAGAAGAAGAAAAGGAAGUUGCAAAAGAAGCCGACAGAAUGCAAGAGUUGCCACUGCUGAGGGAGGAUUGAUGACACUCUCCCGUCUGUUUGCUGCAGAUGCUUCCAUGGUGAAUGAUACUCUAAGCAAUAUGACUGACUGACUACUCACAGGAGGAACAAGAAACCAACACCACCUCCAACAGGAAGCAACUCUCCCUCAUUAAUGCAUUACCAUUUUCACAAGAAUGAGCCUGUGUGUUUGGAUAUUAAGUGGCUGAUAAUUAUCAUUUGUUGUCGUGCGUCUA